GCAUUUCACAAUAUUAGUUCUUAGAAGCAAUUAUAGAGUAGUGUCCUAGAAAGUGGAGUAAAAGUAGAAAAAUUUACUAAUACAGGAUAUGUGGAGAAUAUCAAGGACCAAAUGAAGAAAAAAACUAUAUUGUACAAGAAAAAGUGCAUGGACCCUCAUCAACAUUCAACAAAUCAACAAAUUUUGGUAUGGUAGAUCGUAAUCGUUUUAGGAAUUGUAAGGAAAUAUUUGAUUCAGGUGUAACUGUUUCCGGAGUUUACGAAAUACAACCAAUUAAUUCCAAUAAAUUAAUAAACGUAACAUGUGAUAUGCAGACAAGAGGUGGCGGAUGGACUGUAGUACAGAGAAGAAUUGACGGAUCUGUUGAUUUCUAUAGAGAUCGGAGAGAGUAUAAGUUUGGGUUCGGAGACCUAAAUGGAGAACAUUGGUUAGGAUUAGAGAAUCUUUACCAUUUGACAGCGUUUGAAGCUAACCAGCUGCUUGUGGAGUUAGUAGACAAGGAUGGAAUAAUCGCUUACGCCUUAUAUGACUCUUUUGCUAUUGGUUCCGAGCUGGAGGAUUACUAUUUAAGUACUUUAAAGGGAUAUUCUGGAGAUGCUGGCGAUUCAUUAAUUUACCAUUUAGGACAAAAAUUUACUACCAAAGAUCUGGACCUAGAUCAAUAUUCUGGUAACUGCGCGGAAGUGGAAUUAGGAGCAUGGUGGUACAACGCAUGUUAUCAGAGCAAUUUAAAUGGUAAAUUCAGAAACAUGUUCCGGACAGAGGCCUAUAGUGAUAAAGGAAUUAACUGGUUUAGUUUUAGAAAUGAUAAAUAUUUCUUAUCUCAGACAAGGAUGUUAGUAAGACCAAAAUUUUAAGAAAACAAGAAAAGUUCAAUAAA